ACAUUGUAUGUGUAUAUUUUAAAACAGAAACAAUACCUAUACAAAUUUAUUAAAAUUCUAAAGAACUAACGAAAAUGUCGCAAUUUUGGGAACGGUAUGUGAAACCUGCAUUUAGCCAGGCCAAAAGCAAUCUGCUGCUACUCCGCAGCAAGCCGCGCGGUGCAUUGCUCUGGAAGCGCGUCACCUUUCUGGUGGCCACGCCAGCCAUUGGGCUCUGCAUGAUCAACGCCUACAACGGUGCACGUGCACCGAAGCCGCUGCCGCCGUUUGUCAAGUACGAGCAUCUGCGCCGUCGCAAUAAACGCUUUCCCUGGGGCGAUGGGGAGCGCAGCCUGUUCCAUAAUCCUCAUGUCAAUCCAUUACCCGAAGGCUAUGAAGCUUAAGAAGCUACAAAUAGAGAUCGGGAACGGCAAACUAGAGGUAGCGGAAGCCUGAAGGAAACCCGCUUUGAAAAAUUCUAUAUUUCUACAUUUUGUGUUGAUUGAUUGUACUAUUGGGCAGUUCGUUAAGGACCGUUUCGUUCAUGUGGAGAUCGUUCAAGGAACCAACAGAAGUAGCUGUCCUCCUCCAAUCCCCAGCACUUGCAGUAGCGCCAGUACCCCAAGCCAUAAAUAGUAGCAUUGUAAAGCAAAUAAAAAGCGUACCGUACCCGCACAGACACAAA